AUGGGGCAGCAACCUGCUUCUCGAUGCCAUCUGCUAGAGGGCGGCAGGGGCAGUCGGAAAGUGCGCUACCUGUUCCGGAAGGGUCAAGAAAGGUUUGGGAACAUGACCCGGGUCUACUACCGAGAAGCUGUGGGAGCUUUUGUUGUCUUUGAUGUUACGAGGCCAGCCACUUUUGAAGCGGUAACCAAAUGGAAGGAAGAUUUGGACACUAAACUGACUCUCCCUAAUGGCAAGCUGGUGCCAACUGUCCUGUUAGCCAACAAAUGUGAUCAAGGCCAAGAGUUACUGGUGAAUAAUGGUCUCAAGAUGGAGCAGUUCUGCAAGGACAAUGGCUUUGUGGGGUGGUUCGAAACAUCAGCUAAGGAAAACAUAAACAUUGAUGAAGCUGCUCGGUGCUUGGUGAAACACAUAAUUGCCAGUGAGAGUGAACCGGUGCAGUCUAUCAAGCCAGAUAUCAUUAAGCCACACCUGAAUUCCUCCAAACUCAUUCGCUGUUCAGCUUGCUUCAGAUCCUAA